ACAAGAAAUGCUCUGUAUCCCCUGGACAAUUUACGCUGAAGCAUGCUCAAAAGAUGGAGAAAAGAUUGAAAAAUCAGCGCCUUCGUCAGAGUUUAUUUACUUCCAAAAGGCGACGACUGGAACUCAAGUCUUUGAGGGCAAUGAAAAACUCCACACAGUCUGUAUUAGAAGGUGAUACAUACCAGUCAAAGAUUGGCAUUGAAGAAGAUUUAGAUCUUGAGGACAUUGAUCUCACUCCAGUAUCUUUUCCAAAGGAUGGUAGUGAAAUUAUUUUUGACUUGGAAACUACUGGUCUGGCUCGGACAUCUGAUAUUAUUCAGAUAGCAGCAGCCUCUGGAGACGAGGAAUUCAGUAUAUAUAUGACCCCAACGACAGAAAUUAGUAAUGGAGCUUCUGAGGCCACAGGUUUAACUUAUGUUGGAGGUGUCCUGAAACACAGAGGCCAGGCUGUGAGUUGUGUUACUCCCCAGGAAGGACUUUCCCAGUUUCUAAAUUUCAUCAAGAAGUUUUCAAAGCCAAUUCUGGUGGGACAUAACAUUCAGAGUUUUGAUUUGCCAGUCUUAAUAAACCAACUGUCUAGAUAUAAUUUAUAUACAGAUUUCCAGAAAACAGUGUUUGGAUUCAUUGACACAUUAAAGGUAGCAAAGAGAACAUGGAAAAGGCCUGAAGUUGAGAACUACAAGCAAGAAACAUUGGUCAGAACUUUUCUGGACUUGAAAUAUGAUGCUCAUAAUGCUUUGGCAGAUGUACAAUCCCUGCAAAGGUUGUAUAAGAAGAUGAUGGCAAACUGUCUUCUUUCAAGUGAUCUAUUUACUCUUAAUUACUAUGCAUGUAAGCAAUCACUUGACCCUUUAGUGAAAGACAAAGUAAUUUCAAGCCAAACAAUGAAGAAACUUCUUCAGUGCUCACUCAGUUUGUCCAAACUUAGAAGUAUUCAUAAACGUGAUACCUUUAAUGGAAUUAGAAAUGUGUUUGUGGAGCAAUGUGAAGGGUCAAAGGUCCCCAGAAUCUCCAAGUCUAAGGCAGUUAUUGACAAACUCAUUACAUAUCUGAAUACAUGAUAGGUUUAUGUAUAUGACUAGUAUAAUAGUAUAACAUCACAUGUUAAAACAGUAUAUGUCUUGGUGUUAAGGUUUUUCUUUUCACAGGUGAGCAAUUUAGGCCAUGGGCCUCUAUAUUUCAUUAUUUAAGGUGUAGAAUUAAAUAAGAUGAUUUACCUUGUCUCUAUAAUAGAAUACUGAACCACAGAAACUUUUUUAACGACCUACUUCAAAAUGUAAUGAAAUUUAAAGAAUUUUUGUGUGGGGGUGGGGGUGUAAAAAUGCUUGUACUGAAUUUAUUAAUAUGGAAAGGUGUCAUUUUUUUCAAUUAAUUAGAUUCUCAAAUACAAUAUUACUUAAUUUGUAAACCAUUUUUUGGAUUGAAACCAUCAAUUUGAAAUUAUAAGAGAUUCUUUCGAGAAAAAUAUGUAAAAUUAAAGCCAAUUUUAACAGGGAUAGAAGAUGAAAAGUCAUGUAAAUGGAUAUAUGUUAUUUUUAAUGAUA